AUGACUGGCGGAAGAAACAGUACAAAGAUUAUAAAGUUUAUUCUCUUGGGAUUCUCUGAAUUUCCAAAGCUCACCACAGUCCUCUUUUCAGUAUUCCUAGGGAUCUACCUGAUAACAGUGUCCUGGAAUAUGGGCCUCAUCACCCUCAUUAGGAUGGACUCCCGCCUGCACACACCUAUGUACUUCUUCCUCCGUAAUCUGUCCUUGCUGGACAUCUGCUAUGCGUCCACUAUAGCCCCCAGAAUGCUCUCGGAUUUCUUCAAGAAGCAUAAAUUCAUCUCCUAUGUGGAGUGCACCAUGCAAUACUUCUUCUUCUGUGGCCUGGGUCUGACUGAGAGCUGUCUCCUGGCAGCCAUGGCUUAUGAUAGAUAUGCUGCCAUUUGUAAUCCUCUGCUCUACACAGCCAUCGUGUCUCCCAUUCUCUGUGUGCAGAUGGUGGCAGGAUCUUAUCUAGCUGGAUUCUUUAGUUCAUUUAUCCAACUAUGCGCCUUUCUUCAGCUCCAUUUCUGUGGGCCAAAUGUCAUCAAUCAUUUCUUCUGUGACCUGCCCCAUCUGCUGGUCCUAUCCUGCUCUGACAGCUUUUUUUUCCAAAUCAUGAUGUCUAUGUUCACAGUGAUCUUUGGGUUCAUAUCUGUCCUAGUUAUCAUGAUUUCCUAUGGUCAUAUCGUUGCCACCAUUCUGAAGAUCUCCUCAGCUGAAGGCAGGUCUAAGACUUUCAACACCUGUGCUUCUCACAUGACAGUAGUGACUCUCUUCUUUGGUUCAGCUAUCUUUGUUUAUAUGUAUCCUAAUUCUGAUGAUUUUCAGAGCCAAAACAAGUUGGCAUCGGUCUUAUACACUAUUAUAACCCCCAUGCUAAAUCCAUUGAUUUAUAGCAUGAGGAACAAGGAAAUCAAAGAUGCCCUAAACAGAUGGAAGAAGAGAAUCUUUUCCCGGUGUUACUAA